AUGGAGAUAUUUCCGACAGCUGCCAAUUUAAUGAUGUUAUCUUGCUUAGUGAUUAUCGGACAGUCUUUGGAGGUAGCGAGAUGUGAGCCCUUACAAUUGAUACAUACCGCAUCGGUCUCGCCAUUCCUUGAUGGAAAACGAUUGGACGAUAUAACCUUCAGAAGGAGCCACAACUAUAAAUCUCGAGAUUUUUCUAUUCAUAAGUUACCAUAUCGACAUAAUAUAACUAAGAAGUAUGAAGAUACUUCCUCUAUACAUUUACAAGAAAGUGAAACCGAAGAAACUGAAUCUUAUCAAAUUCAAUUCUGUCACGACGAAUAUAAAAGUAAAAAACCACAGAACAAAGUUCAUCGGAUGCCUACCGUAUUUGGGGAAAGAUUGUAUAAGAGAAUUAUAGAAGAUAAAAAAGAAGAGGAAAAUCAGACAGAAUUAAUAAAUUUGCUUGCUGCAAAUAUUAAAACAAAGGAUAUUUCUAAGGAAAAUAUUAUUGAAAAUGAUAAGAAGGCUGGAUCUCCAUUUGGUAUGAAUAACAACGACAAUGACUCUAAUAUCGGACGAUGUUCUAGUUCAGAACCUUCGUACAGAAAGAAUUUGAUGAAAAGGACGAAUGAAGAAGACAAUACAAGUAGACACAAGCGUAUAAAAAUUGAAAAAAAUGAAGAGGAAACCAUAACCAAAGAAACAAAUUACAAUUAUCUUACGCAGUAUGAUCUAACAGACAAUUUUACGCAAUAUGAUAUGAAAGAUAAUCUCAAAUUUGAAGAUCAAUUGGAUGUAGUGCAUUCUUUUAAAAAAGAAGAAGUUUCAGUAUGCGAUGAACGUAGAGCUGCUUCAGAAUAUCGAGACACCAAAGAGAAUCGAAGUUGUACAAACGGACGGAGAAGCGAGACUAGAAGUAAAUCAGCAAAAGAUCAUGACAGUUCGUACAUCAAAAAUAGUCACGCCCAUAGUUUACGAAAUUUUCGGACUUCAGCUUCACACACAACUCGUGUCUCAGAAAGAUUUGACAGUGAUUACAGGAAAAAUGGGCACAGGUAUAGUCCGCCAAGAAGAAGAAGCUACUCUAGAAGCAGGAGUGAUUACGAGAGUUCGAGCAGUCAUCGUUUACGUGAAAAAUCCAGUAGAACAUAUAGAGAAGCAAAGUAUGAUAAUUAUAAAUAUGAUAGUCGAUAUAGAUAUGACAGAUUAAAAAGGAACUGCGGGAAUGAAGAAGAUGAUAGGAAAACGAGAUAUAGGCGUGAAAAAUAUGAUGAUGUAAGGGAUAAAUAUAGAUAUUCAUCGAGCGACGCUGAAGACAAAGAAAGUAAUAGCUCAUACAAGAAUAAGAAGCACGAAAAUCGCAGAACAAGAAAGGAAAAGGCAAGCAUUUUAGAUGAUAAAAAAUUACUCUGCAAUGAUAAAGUGGAAACUAAUUUACGAGAGUCUUCUAGUCGAACAAUUGUAAAUAAUACAAUGAAUUUCAGUGUUGGUAAAAAUGUUGAACAGCAUAAAGUGAAAAAUGAAUCAGAAAUUAAAUUGAAGGAUUUUUCAGAAGUCAUACCCAUACAUAUCGUAAAGAAAGACUUGGAACAUGUACCGGAAGAAGGCGAAAUUUUAGAUAGUCCUAAAAAGAAAGAUAAGUUUACAAAAAUCUCCGCAGAGAAUAGAAGGGAAAAAAGUAAUGUAAAAAUUGUUCCAGUUGAAGAUAAAAAUGAAGAUAUUUCUGUGAAUUCAUCCAUAGAUAAUAAAUUAAUAUCGCUUCAAAAUGAUACAAAACAGUUAGAAGUGGCGGAUAUUAGUACAAAAAAAAUUGAAGUACCGUCACGUCUUGUACAAGAAAAUUCGAAAGAUUGCGAAGAAAUAAUUCAAUCAAAUCUUUGUAAAAAUCAUGUGGUAGCUGAUAAAAUAAAUAAUUGUAUAAAAGACAAAGAUAAAUGUAAAUUUCUUAAUAAAAAUUUAAUGGAGCCUAUUGUUCAGAAUAUCGGAAUAACUGAACAAGUGCGCGAUAGUGAUAUUGACAAUAGUGACAAAAAUAAUACUAAUAACUCAAAGGAUUCUAUUACUGAAAUUAUUAAAAUCAAAGAAACGAUUGAUUUUAAUAUUGAUAGCGUUACUAAAAUCAAAGAGAUAGAUGAUUCUAGCAUAGAAGGUGCUUCUAAAAAGGAUAUUAACAAUCUUAAUAUUGGAAGUGUCGUUGAAAUCACAGAAAUGAACAAUUUUAAUAAUAGUGAUAGUAUUCAUAAAAUUGGUGAUGAAUUAAGAAUUUCUACUGCUGAAGUUACAAAAGUGGAGGCUAUGCUUAAUUGUGAUAUUGAGGAUAGAGAUAAAAGUCAAGCAUCACUUGAAAGGGAGACUUUUCAUCAAAUGUCAAAUAAAAGCGUCAUCAAAACAUGCCUCAAUGAUCAUAAUUAUGUUCAGAAUUCUUCUAUCAAUGUCUCUAAUCUCGAUGCAAUCCAAAAGCCAUCUUUGAGAUCAGAACGCAAUACAGCUAUUUUGGAUACAGCAACUUCGAAGGAAACGAAAGUUGAAACAAUCAACGUUCAAUCGGCUGGUGUUAAGAAGACAAUAUCUAUAGUGAAGAAUAAAAAGGACCAACAAAGCAGAGGAAUAUUAAUUUCACAUCGUCGAAAAGCCGUGAUACUGAGCGACAGUAAUGCAUCUAUGACCGUCCUGAUGAAUACAGUGAAAACGUCCUCUGUUACCAAUAGUUGUAACAACAAUGAUUCUACUUUAAAACCGCGUGCCUGUAAAAUAUCGCGAAUGACUGCAAAAGCAACUUGUAAAUAAUUAUUGUACAUUUCCUACACUUAUAAGGAAUAUCAAUAAAGCUCGAUUUAUAAA